GCGCGAGCGAGGGGGCUGGGGAGUGAGCGGGAGCGUCACUUUGGGAACUCGGGAACUCACGGACUCUAGUGCUAAGCGGCCGACCUCCUUUUUCAAUACAGAAGUGGCCUGAACAUAUUGUGUAAGACUGAUGUGAAGACGACCUACAAACUGGAUUAGCAGCCAGCGAGUAGUGGGCAUCGGUAGCCUGCCUCAAGAUUUGCCCCUAAAUUUGAAUCACCAAACGGCGCGUAAAGCGUGGGACUGUACCUGUACGGAUGGAAAGAAUUUCAACUUGCAAUUCGAGUAGAAUUGCAGAAAAGACACAGACUAACUGGAAAUUGAUGUAAACUAACCCCCAAAUUCAACCAGAUGGAUACACUUUACCAGUAAAGGCACAGAGGAGCAAACAUCUGUUAGGGGAAGGUGUUGAUUUUGUGCUCUUCUUAUUUCUGGGAAAAGACUACAGUGAAUCUUCUGAAUCAGCACACUCUUUGGCCCCGUGCAACGUUUCUUUGGAGAAAGGUUAUCACAGUGAACAGAACGAUGUCGGGAGAAGAACAGAGUUUGUCUGAGGUGGAGAUGAGUCCCGGGGUCUCGGAUGACGGCCACUCCAUGUCACCAGGCCACUCAUCUGGUCCCACGGGUGGCGGGGACUCACCUUUAUCGGGACAGGCGGCACAGUUGGCGGCCCUCGGAGAGGAAGGGGUCAGUGGUAGGGUGUCUGUCAAGUCUGACGAGGAGGAUGACCGCUUCCCCAUAGGCAUUCGCGAAGCCGUAAGCCAUGUGCUGAAUGGAUACGACUGGACGCUCGUGCCCAUGCCAGUGCGCGUGAACUCAGGAAGCAAGAGCAAGCCUCACGUGAAAAGGCCCAUGAACGCCUUCAUGGUGUGGGCCCAGGCAGCCAGGCGAAAACUCGCAGACCAAUAUCCUCACCUACACAACGCGGAGCUCAGUAAAACAUUGGGGAAAUUGUGGAGGCUCCUGAAUGAGAGUGACAAGCGGCCGUUCAUCGAGGAGGCUGAGCGUCUGAGGAAGCAACACAAGAAGGACUAUCCGGAAUACAAGUACCAGCCACGCCGCCGCAAGAACGGCAAGCCCAACUCCAGCGGCGAGGCCGACGCCCACUCUGAGGGUGAGGUCAGCCACAGCCAAUCACACUACAAGACCCUCCACCUAGACGUGGCCCACGCCGGAGGGGCGGGCUCGCCAUUGGCUGACGGCCACCACCCCCACGGUGCAGGCCAGAGCCACAGUCCCCCUACGCCCCCCACCACGCCCAAGACGGAGUUGCAGCCUGGCAAGUCCGGCGAGGGGAAGCGUGAGGGCGGUGGCGCGGGAGGCUCUCGCGGUGGCCUGGGGGUGGGUGCGGACGGAGGCUCGGGCUCGGCGGCGUCGGCGGCCGGCAAGCCCCACAUCGACUUCGGCAACGUGGACAUCGGUGAGAUCAGCCAUGAUGUCAUGGCCAACAUGGAGCCCUUCGACGUCAACGAGUUCGACCAGUACCUGCCGCCCAACGGCCACCCAGGCGUCGUGGGCGGCUCCGGUGCUGCGGGCGCCGCUGGCUCCUCCGGCUCCCCGUACGCCUACGGCAUCUCCUCGGCUCUGGCGGCUGCCAGCGGACACUCGGCCGCCUGGCUGUCCAAGCAGCAGCACCAGCCGCAGGGCCACCACUCCUCCUCGCUGGCCUCUGACCCCUCCAAGGCACAGAUCAAGAGCGAGGCGGUGCCGUCGAGCGCCGCCGUGGGCCACUUUGCCAGCGAGGCGGCGGUGGCGGGCAGCAGCGCCGGGUCCCACGUCACCUACACACCCCUCAGCCUGCCGCACUACAGCUCGGCCUUCCCCUCGCUGGCCUCGCGCGCACAGUUCGCAGACUACGCCGACCACCAGGCCUCCAGCUCCUACUACGCCCACUCCAGCCAGGCCUCCGGCCUCUACUCAGCCUUCUCCUACAUGGGGCCCUCGCAGAGGCCACUCUACACCGCCAUCACCGACCCCUCCAGCGUGCCCCAGUCGCACAGCCCCACGCACUGGGAGCAGCCCGUCUACACCACCCUCUCCAGGCCGUGACACGACACCUGAGCACACAGAGGAAGACAGAGAGGAGGAAGAGGAGGAGGACGUGGGGGUGGUGGUGGAGGAGAAGAGGGGAGUGGAGGAUGGAGAAAUGGGAGUGUGGAUGAAGGAGGAGUAGGAGGAAGUGGAGGAGGUGGAGAGGGAGGAGGGAGAUGGAGAUGGAGAGGACAAGGCCUUGGCUCAGGUGGACUUCCACAACACACACCUGGCGGCGGAGGGAUGGGGAGAUGCAGACGCAAACUCAGCCCAGUCACACCCACUAUGGUCGGGCACCAAUGCAGGCCAGCCAGCCUUGCUUAGGCACGAUGUGUGGAACCACAGAAUGGAGUUUCUGGGAUAACAUUGCGUAGUGUAAAAAAAUACAUACACAAGAGUUUUUACUGAAGGUUCGUAUAGGUGUAGUAACGAUUUGAUUUCGUUUUUGAAUGGUCAGACCGUGGUGGGUGUUAAAAUGAAACGGAAAUAGGAAAUUAUGCCAACAAUCAAGACAGUUUUUUUGUCAUUUUAAAAUAUGGAAUAAAAAUAUGAAAAAAAUAAGUGGAGAAAAUGUUUUAACAAGCCCAUUUUUUGUAUCUCAGGCAUGACAUUAAUUUAACAGACAGGGCACACUGUCACACUCAAUGCUUUUCCAUGUCUUAAGUAUUUGUCUCAAUAGCUCCUCACCUGGGGAAGUGCCUUUCUGAUACAGACACUGUAUUAGAGUGUAAUGGGAAAACCGUUUGUCACUGCAUUGUAGGGAGUACUAAUAAACAUGACCAAAGUUUUGAGACCAAAACUUUAAAUAAAAAGACCAACAUUACAAACUGGUUUUCGAAGAAAAGAAGCAAGCAGGCCUCCAGUUAAUAUGUACCGUUUGGUAACAGUUGGACAAACAACGACUACAAUGGCUGUAAGCAUAUUCUAAUUUGAUAUUGUAGCGCAGUUCACUCUUGCCAGCACUGACUACUGAUAUGAUAUUUCAGAACUGCAUAAUUAAGACACUACUCGACAGAAACCUGGGAUAGACACUGAAAAAAAGACAAUAUUAUGUGUACAUUCAUACGCGUUGAUAAUUGUUUUCAAACAGUAAUCUUUUUUUCCUAUUAACCAAAAUAAAGGUCUUUUUUCAUUAAUCAUAAUACAGUAUUUUUCCAUGUUAGUAAUCCAUGUAGUGUUUGAUAUUAAUGUCAAUGUUGGUGGUUUCUGUUGCCAUUACUACACUGAGAAGUCUGCACCACUGCCCUUCAAUUUUUUAUAUUCAAAAUUUGUUUGACAUUCAGAAAUGUGUAUAUACUUCAGUGUCAAAUUAUAGUUUUGUAGAUAGUUGUUCUGUAACAAUUUUUGUUUUCUUUUAUUUGUUUGUUUUGUUGCUGUCUUUGGUAGUGCGUACCAUAAUUGAAGUCCAUUUUGCCAGAGACUCUUUAGACAAAAAAAAAAAAAUUGAGAAAAAUGAGACAGAAAAUGGAUUAUAGUUAACCUAAUUGUCACAUGUGUCUAAUUGUCAUAAUGGAAUGAGUGACAAUGAUCUUUUGACUCACCCUCUCGCAUGUCCUGCGAUUUAUGCAUACAUACAUAAAAUGCAUACACACACCUACAUACAUACAAACAUACUGUGGAAAAUAAUUUCAGAGAAUAUACCAUCAUCACCUGUGCAUUCAUACUGCUAUGAACUGAUGAACAUUGCCAAUGUGUGAACUGGGAACCAUUGCCAUUGUUGUUUUGGACUCAAACGACACAGUGAUUUUAAAAACCCUUGCCAUGUCCUAGUCCCAGGGGAAAAGAGAUGUGUAUGUGAUCGUCCACUUGGGUGCCAUAUGAUAUUAAAGUCAACACUUGUUAGUGAUGUAAGUGGGACUGUUAUUUUGUAGCUGUUCCCGUCAUCAGACAAUUAAUUUAAAGUAAUUUCCUGUUUAUUCUCUUUUAUUGUUUUGACCCAGUGCAAGGGAGGGUAUCAUUUUGAUGUCACCGUAAGCUUUCACUUUGUUGCCAGAUUUGCCUUUCUUAGUAUUAUAAGCAGAAAAACAGAAAUUUCUUUUACAACCUACACUUUGUGGUAGGACAUGCUUGUUAUAUAUUACAAAAAUAUUAUUUAUAUUUGCUGGUAUUAUGUUUUGUUCACUGUUAACUGUUUUUUUGUUCUCAUUAUAUGUUCAAAGCCUAUGACUGAUAUUGUUGUAUGUUUUUUUGUACUUUCUCAGUUACAUUGCCAGCAAAGCAGAACAAACCUUGUACAUAGUAGAGAAGAUGAAACGUUAGACAGAAUGACUAAUGAAUUCUCUCACACUAAAUAA